AAAGUUUUAGAUAAAGAGUGGCCUGGAAACUUCCCGUGAGCUUCUUCACACUCGCCCAGGAGACGCCAAACACCGUUAUUAUCCAACAUGUUUCGUUGUGGCAUCGCGUAUCCGAGGUGCAGGUGGAUCCUGCCUCUGCUCCUGCUGUUUGCGAUUAUUUUCGACAUCAUCGCCAUCGCAGCGCAGUCCGGAUGGGUGGAGGACGAGAACGCGAAGACGCACUACGCCAGCAUGUGGAGGCAGUGCCGAGGCCGCAACGAGCAGUGGGAGUGCAAAUCCCUCAUGGAGCUCCCUUGGGCCCAGGCAGUCGCCGCUCUGAUGAUCAUAGGCCUCAUCAUCCUCAUCAUCGCCUUCAUCAUCUCAUUCGUGGCUCUCUGCUGUACCCUCAACAUCACUCUGCUGCCUUUAAUCGGAGGCCUCCUCAUUUUGGCUGUCAUCAUCCAGAUAAUCGCUCUGAUCAUCUACCCGGUCAAGUUCAAUGAGCAGAUCUAUGAAGGGUAUUACAUCUACACCUGGGCGUACGGCUUCGGCUGGGGGGCCACCAUCCUGAUGCUGGGCUGCGGGAUCCUCUUCUGCUGUCUUCCUCGCUACGAAGAUGAGGUCUCCGGCAUGGCCAAGACCAAAUACAUCUACAGCUCUGCCUAAAACACCUCUCUUAAAGGACAAUGUUAAGCCCCCCAAGACGAAAUGUCAAUGCUCAACGAUCUCCAAAAGCAUCGUCAUCUUCCUGAAUCAAACAUAGGACCGUACUGACUUUGAUGAGGGCCAAACUGCUCCAUGCCCGCCUCUCUAAGUUUUGGGGGCUAGUGCUAUUAACGUUUAUUUUAAUUCAUUUUUUUAUUAUUAUGAAUCCUUCACAAACUGUCUUUGAUGUGUGUGUGUGUGUGUGUGUGUGUGUGUGAACUCCACAAAGCAUUAUCCAGAAUCUCUAUAUCAGUUUACAUUAUAGCGUCCAUCACAUAUUACUCUUUAUGUAAAUAUAAUUCAUUUUAGCUAGUAAUCACAUUAAUAUGGUUAAGAAAAUAAUAAAAAAUAACCUGAACACUGCGAUGUAAAGUGUGACUGAGUUUUCUUAAUUUUCUUAAAUCUUGUAUAUUUCUUGAACGUCUCUACAUAUCAACAUUAAGAAAAUAUUUGUAUGAUGUAUCUGUAUUUCUACAUUAAUGUGUCAUCCCAUGUUAUCACAGUAUUGAUUGCACACUUCACUAAAGUGCUCUUCCUGUCAGCGAAGACUGUGUGUUUAGUGUUUGGAUGUUCAAAGUCAAGUGAACGAAGAGGGUUUUCCUGAGCGUGGUUUUACAGUUAAAUAGGUGAGCAAGUGGAUAAAAACACAAAAAUAUACAAAACCUGAUGUUUUUCUUGGAAAAAUUGAACAUCUUGAUGCAUUCAUGCCGUGAUAAGUUCAUUUCAAUUAGUCAGUUUGACGUGGAAAAAUUUAUAAAAAGUACUUUGCUUGUUAACUUUGAAAACGUGUAGGUUUUUUGGAGCAUUUUACUAGACUCAGAUUUUUUCACUUUGUCAGUUGCAGUGAUAUGAAUUGUAAACCAAUCUUCAAUAAAGGGGAGACUUUCUGUUAA